CUUUAUUCACUUACUAGUCACUGAAAUCGGAUUAAUGUCCCGUCUUGGAUAAAAGUAAAUAUUAACAAUGGCUACACCACGCAACAUCGAAAAGAAGAAUCAUGAUAUUAAUCAAGCUCAAGAGAACAAAGAUGAGAGCAAUCGAAAUGUUAAAGAUAAAUCUUCUUCGGCAGAAAGUAGCACGGGCGCUGUCAUGAUUAUUGCUUGUAUAUUCGUAGCAUCUGCAUUUGCACUAUUCCUCGUUUAUAUGUAUUCGCCCAACUUGGAGGAGAAUGAAAAGAAAUACAUCAGAGUGCCUACCAAUAUAGACGACGCAAAAGAAUUAGGAAAAAUUUUAUCUCGUUAUAAAAGGAGAUACUACUAUCAAGUUUUAUUUGGAUAUUUUAUUUCUUAUAUAUUUUUACAGUCUUUUGCUAUCCCUGGGUCGAUAUUCUUAAGUAUCCUGUCUGGAUUUUUAUUCCCUUUUCCAUUGGCACUCUUCUUAGUAUGCUUAUGCUCGGGGAUAGGUGCUUCAUUUUGCUACUUGCUGUCAUAUCUGGUUGGGAAGCGUCUAGUCAACAAGUAUCUUCCUCAAAAAACUGCAGAAUGGUCGCGCAUUAUUGAACGUCAGAAAGAUAAUUUACUUCACUAUAUUAUUUUCUUAAGAAUUACUCCAUUCCUACCUAAUUGGUUUAUUAAUAUAACAUCACCCGUUCUCAACGUUCCAUUAUCAAUAUUUUUCAUUGGUACCUUCAUCGGUGUUGCACCUCCCUCUUUUGUCGCCAUUCACGCUGGAACAAUGUUACACAAGUUAACUUCUUCGUCAGAUGCAAUUUCCUAUAAAUCAAUUGGGGUUUUAGCCGUGUUUGCUAUUGCCUCCUUAUUACCUAUACUAUUUAAGCAUCGUUUGAAAGCGAAGUUCAAUUAA